ACUUGUUUGCUGGGUGAAUACGCUUCCAUAUUUUGUUGAAAGGCAUUAUAUGUUGUUUAAAAUUAAUUUCACGGAAUUUGUUUUAAACUUCGCAAUUAAAUUGUGUGUCAUUUAUUAGUUAAGGAUUAAUGGUAAUAUGGAGCGGGAACAGAACGAAAGGAAUGUUGUUGAACUAGAUUGGCACCGGUGGUGUCGUCUAUGCGCUAAACAGGAUUCCAACAAUUGCAGUGUUUUUUCUUGCAAAGAGUUAGAUGGAGUGGAUACGAAUAUUGCUACCGCAAUUGGAAAAUAUUUUUGGGUGAAUAUCAAGCGUUGCGAUGACUUGCCGAAAACUUUAUGUCAUGAAUGCUAUGGCCUAAUAUCGUCAUUAAUAUCUUUCACUGAUAGAGUAAACAAGGUACAAUCCAUGUACUCUGUUUUGCAAAACUUGAAUACUAAUGAAAGGAGUAUGCUUAUAAAAGCGCGUACACAAUAUGGACUAAUAGAUAAUGAACGUCGAUUUAUAUUUAAAGAGGAAGUGUUGAAUGACAGCUUAAUUGGUUCAACAGAAAAUGAUUCCGAUGAAAUAGGAAAAAUUUAUUACGAAAUCGAAGAAUCAGAAGAAGCUACUGAUGAGAAAGCUAUGUUAGAAGAAAAAUAUACAUACAUAGAAUAUUCUAAUCAAGACGACUUAAAGCAUAGCCGUACACGGUUAGUCUCUAGUUUGGAUAGAGAACAAGAACAUCGGAAAACUGCAAGAACUGCUACAACAGACAUUGACAAAAAAUCUAGUGCAGCUGUUAUAGAAGAAGUUAACGAUAUGGAAGUUGAUAGUUUUGAGAUAUACAGUGAAGGUGAUUACAAAGUUGAAGCUGAUGAAAAUGAUGAUGACAUUAUUGAUAAUAAAGAGGUUGAAGAUGAUGGUGACACUGAGUUGGAUACUGAAGCGGAAACAGAAUUUUAUACUGAACACGAUGCUGAAGUAGAUACUAAAAAUAGUCAUAUUUCAAUUGAUGAAGAUCAUGAUGACGCAGAUAUUGACUAUUUAUCGCAACAACAAAACGAUGACACGAAGAGUGAAUCGUUUUCACAAUCUGUUACUGAGUCGCAUUUAAGUAUAUACGAUGAGGAUUUAAGGUUUACUUGCAAACACUGUAAUCGAAUAUAUAAAAAUCCUACAUCUUACCGCAAACAUAUGAUGGUCAUACACGAUGUAGAACCAGACAUUCCAGAAUUUAUAUGUUCUCAAUGCAACAAAGUUUUUAUUACGGUAAGGCAAUUAAAUACUCACAUACGAACACAUUUGCCACCUGAGGAGAAAAUGAGAACACCGUGUCCGCAUUGUCCAAAGAAAUUUUCAACAGCUGCCGUAUUGAAACAACAUGUCGCUUGCGUUCACUCAAAUCAUACUCCAUUCAUUUGUGACAUUUGUGGUAAGCGUUUGAAAACACGAGCAGCUUUAAAUGAACAUAAAUUUGUUCACACUAGUGAUUGUCCCUUUGAGUGCGAUGUAUGUCAUAAGAGAUUCAAAAACAAGGCACGCUUAAAGUUGCAUGCAGAUAUACAUACUGCCUGCAUUUAUACAUGUACGGUCUGCGGCAUGAAUCUAAAUACCCGGAGAACACUUAAAAUGCAUAUGUUGGUACAUUCUGAUGAAAGACAGUUCAAAUGUGAUUUUUGCCAAGCAUCUUUUAAAAGAAGUAAAGCUUUAAAGAAUCACCUUAUUUUACAUACUGGCUUAAGACCCUAUAAAUGUGACUUUUGCCAAUUAACGUUUUCGAACGGCUCAAAUUGUCGUUCACAUACAAAAAAAACACAUCCUGUUGAAUUAGCUGAACAAGAAGCAAAAGGUGUGCAAAAGAAAAUCGUUACAGUUCCAAACAUUGACGAGUUACGAUCAUGUCCAAAAAUGCUUAAUAAUCCACGCAGUGUAAAUCGUUCGAGUGGCGGGCUACCAGUGAAGGUGCGUCAAUUAUUAAUUGCAGCCGAAGAGCGCGAAAAGCAGUUGGCUUUAGAAGCUGAAGAAGCUCAAUUGACUGAAACCGCAGAAACUUUGGCCAAUAUAUCAAAAGUUGUAAGGUAUAAUACUGAUCAAAAACAAAGUAAUUCGUCAGAGAUCAAAGUCGUAGAAGACAGUGAUAGUGAAACAGUUGUUUAUGAAGUAAUAGAAUAUUAAGAUUCUUAUUUUAUUUGUUAUUAUAGUUCUAUAAAAAUUAGUUAAUUUUUAUAUUUUUUAACUAAACUAAAAAAGAUGGAAAACAAUUAUUGCUCAGCUAAGAGCGUAAUCAUAUCAUCUAUUAAGUCCAUUAAAAGGAGUUAUAGUUUUGUUUAUUUUGCACGACAAUUGUGUUAAAUUUAGUUUCUAAAAUUUAUAUUUUGGA